AUGACGCAGACGCGCGCAAUCAUCGGUCUUGGUAACCCUGGCGAACAAUAUCGACACACCCGUCAUAAUUGCGGUUUUCGAUUUAUCGACGCUUUAGCUGCACAGUGCCAACUACAGCUAAAGCUCAAUCCUCGCUUGAAAGCGAAUCUAGUUCGCACGACAGUUUCUGAGGUGCCGGUUUGGCUGGUAGAACCAAUCACGUACAUGAACCGAAGCGGCACCGCAUUUCAGUUAGUCACGAAUUACUACGACAUCGAUCCGGGAAACGCCAUCGUAGUGCAUGACGACCUGGAUCUUCCAGCGGGAGUCGUACGGCUGAAAUUGACCGGAGGGCAUGGCGGGCACAAUGGUCUCAGCGACAUCAUUUCCAGAACCGGAAACUCAGAUUUUCUACGGAUACGCAUCGGUAUCGGCCGCCCCAAUCCAAAGCUCGGCACCAUUCCCUACGUACUGAGUACUCCGUCAUUGCACGAUCAGAAUCUUAUUGACGACGCAAUUUCCGAUGCAUUGGAUUCGCUUCCAGAAAUUCUGAGGGGAAAUCUGGAACGAGCGAUGAAAGCACUGCACAGCAGGCCCAAAGCAACCGAAUCCUCACUGGGUGCCUGA